ACCGCCUCGCCAAGCCCCGUUGCCAUUCGUACGCGUCACUCCUUCUUUUCCCCCACUUGAAAAUGGCGGGUCUUCCCAUUUCCACUCCCUCCGAAAAAAACCACACAGUACCGUUUCACCACUGCUAGGCUAGGGUUUCCAAAAAUGAAGCGCCCCUACGUCGAAAUCUCCGACGACGAGUGGGAAAACCACUCCUCCUUCGACCCCUCCCGCGUCCUCAAAAAACCAUCCAACCCCCCUCCUCCUCCUCCCAUCGAGUCCUUCGCCUUUCGAUCAUCGUCUACGUUUCAGUCCGUCUCCAGUUCCAGCAGCGACGACUCGCUCCUCGCACAAGUCGAGAACUUCGAUGGGAACCUGGUCGACGACGACCUGGAGGACGACGACGCGGAGGGGCCGCCGCCACCCACGUUUCGCGGUCGGAAGUUCGUUGUCGACGAGGACAGUGACGGUGAUUUUAACGAGGUGGAGGUGGUUCGAGUGGAGGAGGAGGAGGAGGAGGAGAUAGAGGAGAUGGUGGAGGAGAGUGAUGUGGUCGGGAAGGCUCUGCAGAAUUGCGCCAAGAUAUCGGCUGAGCUUCGGAGCGAGUUGUACGGCUCGGGGCCGGCAGCCGCCGCUUAUGAUCGGUACUCGGAAGUCGAGGCUUCUUCUGUGAGGAUUGUCACUCAGGAAGACGUGGAUACAGCAUGUGGGGCUGAGGAUUCCGAUUUUCAGCCAGUUCUCAAACCUUACCAGCUUGUUGGUGUCAACUUUCUUCUUCUUUUGUACAAAAAAAGAAUAGGAGGAGCCAUAUUGGCAGAUGAGAUGGGUCUUGGCAAGACAAUACAGGCUAUAACAUAUUUAACCUUGCUGAAACACUUGGAAGGUGAUCCAGGACCCCAUUUAAUUGUAUGCCCUGCUUCUGUUUUGGAAAACUGGGAAAGAGAGCUGAAGAAGUGGUGUCCCUCAUUUUCUGUACUCCAGUAUCAUGGGGCUGGGCGGGCAGCGUAUUCAAAAGAAUUGAGCUCUCUGGGCAAGACUGGAUUUCCACCUCCAUUUAAUGUUAUUCUCGUGUGUUAUUCACUUUUUGAGCGACGCAGUGUUCAACAGAAAGAUGACCGGAAAGUUUUGAAACACUGGAACUGGAGUUGUGUGCUGAUGGAUGAGGCUCAUGCGUUGAAAGAUAAAAGCAGCUAUAGGUGGAAAAACCUAAUGUCCGUUGCCCGGAAAGCCAACCAGCGCCUGAUGCUUACAGGGACGCCACUACAAAAUGAUUUACAUGAGUUGUGGUCAUUGUUGGAGUUUAUGAUGCCUGAUCUAUUUGACACUGGAGAUGUAGACUUGAAAAAGCUUUUGAAUUCGGGAGAUACGGAUUUGAUUUCCCGUAUGAAGUCCAUAAUGGGCCCUUUUAUUUUGAGACGUUUAAAAGCUGAUGUAAUGGAGCAACUAGUCCCAAAGAUUCAAGAGGUUAAGUACGUGGAAAUGGUUAAGCAACAGGAUGAUGCUUAUAAGGAAGCCGUUGAGGAGUGUCGGGCUCGUACGCAGACUAAUAAUGGUACUAGCACUCUCCCUCAGCGUCAGAUUUCCAACUAUUUUGUCCAGUUUCGUAAGAUUGCAAAUCAUCCUUUACUGGUGAGGCGUAUGUAUACUGAUGAAGAUGUUGUCCGGUUUGCUAAAAAGUUGCAUCCUAUGGGUGUGUUUGGCUUUGAAUGUACCUUGGACAGAGUAAUUGAGGAGCUCAAGAGCUACAAUGACUACUCUAUUCACCGGCUUUUACUUCAUCAUGGUGUGUCUGAUAAGAAGGGAGUUCUUUCAGAUGAGCAUGUUAUGAUUUCAGCAAAAUGUCAGGAACUAGCCAAUCUUCUACCAUCACUAAAAGAAAGUGGGCAUCGGGUUCUUAUUUUCAGUCAAUGGACAUCCAUGCUUGAUAUCUUGGAGUGGACUUUGGAUGUAAUCGGGGUUACUUACAGGCGCCUUGAUGGAAGUACUCAGGUCACGGAGAGACAAACAAUAGUAGAUACAUUCAAUAAUGACACAUCAAUAUUUGCAUGCUUGCUGUCUACAAGAGCUGGAGGGCAGGGCUUGAACUUGAUUGGAGCUGACACCGUUGUCAUUCACGACAUGGAUUUCAAUCCACAGAUUGACCGACAAGCUGAGGAUCGAUGUCAUCGCAUUGGUCAGACAAAAGAGGUUACGAUUUACAGGUUGGUGACCAAGGGUACGGUUGAUGAGAAUGUAUAUGAGAUUGCAAAACGGAAAUUAGUAUUGGAUGCUGCUGUGCUCAAAUCCGGUGAGGAAGUGAAAACUGAAGGUGGAGAUAUGCCCGAUAAUAAGACCAUGGGAGAGAUAUUGUCGUCAAUGUUGCUAGGAUCACAAUAGGGGCUGGAGAAAGGUAUGUCGGAGUACAACUUUUACAUGACUGUUAUUGUUUCUAUUAGCGAGGGCUAUUGUCCUUCCCAGGGAAAAAAGAAGUAAGAAGAGGUAGUAGUAUUGUUGUAAUAGUUGGGUUUCUAUGAGGGAACACUAUUUACAGUUGAUAGUGCUUUGUGGCUUGUGCAAUGCCACUCUAAUGACUCUAAUGUAGGUUUUGAUAUUUUAUAUUGAAGAAAGAAAUGAUCAUCA